AUGCCUGGAAAGAGCGUCAAGUUCCCCAAUUGUCCUGGCAAUUUAACCACAAGGGCCAAACACACUUUGCAUGCAACCAUACUAACAUGUCAUCUUGCCACACAUGAACGAAACCCUCCCCCGGUAAACUCUGUCUCCCUUUGGACUGAUGACCAAGCCAGCCCCAAAAAGAUGUACCGCUGGAGAGGGGAGGGGUUACAGAUAAAGGCAUUUGAGCAAGCGCGGAAUGCACGCCUCGGGAGUUUCUCCCCGGACGACAAUGGAGGUGGCUCCUGGGCAGCCAAGCCCCUACCCAAGCCGCACACGAUCGCAUGCGUCACGGGAGCGAGCUCCACCGGCUUUAAUGAAGCACCGACCAAGAGAUAUUUCGUGACAAGUUCCGGUACCGGGCCUAAUCACGCACGAGAUGUCGUCCAGGACAUGGGCCGGCGUGUCCGCGCUGCCGUUUUCGACCUAAGACUUGCACACCUGGGGCUCCACCCUCUAUCCCCCAUCACUGGGAAGCAGGGGCGGCAGCCUCACCGGCAGUAG